AUGGCCGGCAUCGAGACGAUGAGAAGGGGUGGCAGCGCGGGCGAUGCAGCCGUGGCAAUGGCCGCUGUCCUUCAAGUGGUGUCGCCCAUUGGCUCUGGUGUCGGCGGAGACUGCUUCGGAAUCUUCUACGACGCUUCCACCGGCACAAUACGCUGCCUUGACGGAAGCGGAAGGAGCCCCGCUGCUUUGACUAAGGAGCACCUGAUAUCUGCGGAAACGGAUGGAUUCAUCAAAGCUGAUUCUCGGGGUCUCCUAGCCACGGUACCGGGAGCGGUAAAGGCCUGGUUUGAGACCGUGGAGCACUUCGGAAGUGGAAAGCUCUCCAUGUCGGAGAUCCUGGAACCUGCCGUUCGCUUCGCAAAAGAAGGUUUUCCCCUCAGCGUUCCGGGGGCCUUGUUAUGGGAGAGAGCCAAGCCUAAACUGCUGAGGAUGCACGGUGGAAGAGCCUAUCUUAUCGACGGGGAGGCCGUCCCGUCUCCUGGAGACAUUUUGAACAACGUCCCAAUGGCAGGCCUGCUGAAGAGGAUAGCGGAUGAAGGUCCCAGCGCCCUCUACAUGGGUCCCGUGGCCCAAAACAUCGUGGAGGCGGUGGCGGAGGUCGGAGGACUCAUGACCCUGGAUGACCUGCGAAAACACCUCGAGUCCUCCGAGCCGACGGUCUUGCCAGCCAUUUCAACGACCUACAGAGGCACCAGGGUGCACACGACGCCUUUGCCGAGCCAGGGAGUCAUUUUGUUGGACGCUCUCAAUAUCCUCGAGCUAUUCGAUCUUCAACCUACCAAGUCGAAUCCAGCAAAAUACUAUCACCUUGUGAUUGAAGCGAUGAGGUUGGCCUCAGAAGACGGCUUGCUUCACGUUGCCGAUCCACAGUUCUCGAAAAUAGACCAACUGAUACGGAAGGAACAUGGCGAGAAGAGGAAAGAACUCCUUGAUGUCGAGAGGUUCGUGCCCCGUUGCUCGAAGGACCUACCCAAUGGUAAACAGGGCGGCACUACCUUCAUGGCCGCUGUGGACCCGUGGGGAAACGCAUGCUCCUUCAUCACCAGCAUCGCUCAUCCCUUUGGCUGUACCACUGUUUCAGAGUAUGGAUUCGGAGUACACGCACGUGGCGAUGGCUUCAACACAAUGCUUGGACACCCCAGCUGCGCAGGACCAUGCAAGAAGCCUUUUCACAGCUUGAUGCCAGUGUUGGUCACAGACAGCUCCUCAGGAAAACUGUUGUCUCUAGUUGGUACUGUGGGAGGGAGUGCACAACCGCAAGCAAUCUUGCAGGUUUUAUUGAACAUGGUCGAGCACGGUCUAAACCCCCAAGAGGCGAUUGACAAACCGCGCCUGAGAAUAGGAUGGAGCCGCAACUUUCAUCCAGAUGACCCACUCACGGUGGAAGACGACGUCGACGCUGAAUUAAUCGAGGGCCUGAAGGAAAGAGGCCACGCUUUCAAGCAGGUCGUCAGCGGCAUCGAUAGAUCGGACAUGGGCCACGUCCACGUCAUCUCCAGGGGCAGGUGGUGGGACCCAGAGACGCGCGGAUCAGAUGGCCAAGGGACUGAGGAUGGCGUUCUCUGGUGCGGUGCAGAUCAAAGAUGUGGCGGUGUCGCCAUGGCUUACUGA